AUGACAGAAAUCUUUGGAGCCACUGCCGGUGCUUUGGGUGUGGCGGGCUUGUUCAACAAUUGCGUCACCUGUUUCGAAUACAUCCAGCUUAGCCGCCACUUCGGCGAAGACUUUGAACGAUUCCAGCUCAAACUCGACCUAGCCAGAAACCGCCUUGGGCGAUGGGGCGAGGUGGUCGACGUCAACAAUAAUCCGCUUUCCAGAGCGAUUCUUGCCUAUGACAAGUCGAAGCGAUACGAAGCAGGCAAGAGUCAAGAGUCUCUGGGGACCUUGGGGGAGGAUGAUAUGCGGCCAUUAGCCCGACGGCUUCACGACCAGAUACUGGCUCGCGCCCGUCGAAGACAGGGCGAUACAAACCUGAUCAAGAAGACGGCAUGGGCGCUCUAUGAUAGAAAGAGACUCGGGCAACUGCUCGUGGAAAUCAAAGAGCUGGUUGAAGAACUGGAGGGGCUCCUUCCAGCCGCGGAGGGAACCCGUAGCCGCCUCGUGGAGUUGGAAGUCGAGGAAGUACGCGACGAGCCGGGCUUAUUAACCUUGCGAGACGCCGCUUCUAGCACUGACGAGCUCCUAUCAAAAGCUGCGGCGGAGAAGGUCAAAGAGUUCACAGGACGGAACCAAGCCAAGGACAUCAAGAGCCAACAGACCGCGAGAGUGCGGGUCGGCAACGCAUGGAGUGAUGGGGCCCUUGGUAGUUCUAUGGGCAUUGUAGACAGGACAGAGAAUAUUGCGGGGACUAUCGAAGCCACUGGGAAAUCUAUAGUCAAUAUUGGUAAUCAGUUUGGUGGGCCAAGUAACUGA